AUGGGAAUUUGCUUUAGUUGUGCUUCUGUUGAUGAACAAACUAGUACCCCAUCCACCACUGCUCAAUUGAGUUCAGGGGUAGUAUCGCAAUCGCAGCAAACGAGUAACAGCAACACAACAUGUUCAUCGAGCGGGAGCACAGCAGCUGUUUCUGGUGACAGCAGAUUAUCGGGAAGUGGGAGCGAUGAGUACUCGAAUGCGCCCCCCCGAGGGCAUAUGUUGCCCCUUCCUAAUUUGAGAAUAUUCAGUUAUUGGGAAUUGAAGGCUGCCACUAGAAACUUCCGGAGUGAUACUGUUAUUGGUGAAGGUGGUUUUGGUAAGGUUUACAAAGGCUGGCUCGACUCUUCGAAAACUAGUACUACCGCUUCUUCAUCAUCAUCAUCAUCCGUCGUUGCUGUCAAGAAGUUGAAUCAUGAAAGCAUGCAGGGCUUUCAAGAAUGGCAGUCUGAGGUGCAUUUUCUGGGAAGACUUUCUCAUCCGAAUCUUGUUAAGCUAUUGGGGUACUGUUUGGAGGAUAAAGAGCUUUUGCUUGUCUAUGAAUUCAUGCAAAAGGGCAGCUUAGAGAACCAUCUUUUUGGAAGGGGUGCUGCUGUUCAGCCACUUUCAUGGGAUAUUAGGCUUAAGAUACUCAUCGGAGCAGCUCGUGGUAUUGCAUUCUUGCAUGCUUUAGACAGAAACGUUAUCUAUCGAGAUUUCAAGGCCUCCAACAUAUUGCUCGAUGGGUCAUACAAUGCUAAGAUAUCUGAUUUCGGUCUGGCUAAAAUGGGUCCAACGGCUAGUAAAUCUCACAUCACCACACAGGUUAUGGGAACCCAAGGCUAUGCUGCACCAGAGUACGUCGCCACAGGGCACUUGUACGUGAAGAGUGACGUGUACGGUUUUGGUGUGGUGUUAGUAGAAAUGCUGACUGGUUUGGGUGCAAUGGACACAAACCGGCCAUCUGGACAGCAGAAUCUGGUAGAUUGGAUAAAGCCAUAUCUAUCGGACAGGAGGAAGUUGAAGACAGUUAUGGAUUCUCGUUUGGAAGGAAGAUAUCCAUCAAGAUCCGCUUUCCAAAUUGCUCAACUCACUCUCACUUGUCUUGAAAACGAACAGAAGAAUCGACCUUCAAUGCAAGAGCUUGUUGACACACUUGAAAGAAUCGACUCUGCUGCCAAGGACAGGCCGCCUGCAUCACUCCAUUCUACUAAUAAUCAUACACCAGCUUAUAAUAAUAACAGAUCACCCAGGCAUCAUCAUCAUCAUCAUCGUUCUCCACAUCAUCAUCCUAGGCAAGAACCACAUCGAGCAUAUCCUCUCCCACCACGCACGUAAUUUUUUUCUACAUUAUCAUGUGGUAGAUGUAAAGGCUAGUUUGUUUUGUAAAUGAAGGAGAUUCUGAUUACGAGCUCAAAA